UAAAUACAAUUGCACAAAAUAUACAUACAUAGGAAUAGGAUAUAACAUGUAUACAAGAAAACAAAUAAAAAAAAAAGAUUUUAGUAAGUGGCUCAACAACCAUAAAAACACCUUUCAAAAACUACAAAGUCUCCCUCCUUUUAAAUACAAGAAUCUUUCUAACUUUUUUUAAUUGGGUUUCUUGUUCAUCCAUCUUAUCUAGGUUACCUAAUUAAUUUGCCCAACUAAAAACAAAAUCAUUAAUUCCUAAUUAAAAAUCAUUGAUAAAGACAUAGAUUAAUACACUUGUUUGUGUUUAAUUAAUUAUUAUUGCAUAAUAACAAUCCCAACUUCUUUUUAACCAUAAUAAUUUUAAUUUUGUUAGUAGUAUUUACAUAAAAACCUCAUUAAUAAAGGAAGUUGAUUUUUCAGACAAACUUCCCAAAACGCUCCGAAUCCCAAGGAACAAAUAGAAGAGACCAACCAACCAAAUCAAUUAUGUUUCUGUUUUUCAGUUAUAUUCAUCAUCGUACAUCUUUCUCUCUCUUCUUUUUGUUCUUGUUCUUCUUCCUUGUUUUUCUCCCGCCUGUUUUUCCCGCCACCGGUUUCUCCGAUGAUCCCGAUGUUGUCCCGAACAACACGUGGCGCGGCCUCAUGCGCUUCCUGGACGCCGGGAAGGGCAGCCAGAUGGACGGGUUGGCGGAGCUGAAGCGCUACUUCGGCCGCUUCGGCUACCUGCCAACACCUCCAGAGAAUAUUUCCUUUACGGAUUUCUUCGACGACGAAUUCGAAUCUGCUCUCGUUACGUACCAGAGGAAUCUUGGAUUGUCCGUCACCGGGAAGCUCGACUUAGACACCAUGACGGUCAUCGUCUCGCCCCGGUGCGGCGUCAGCGAUUCCGCCGCCGCCGCCACCGGCGGCGGCGGCGGCCGCGGGGUGAAGGCGAAUCGGCGGUACGCGUACUUCUACGGGGAGCCGCGGUGGGUGCGUCCGCCACCGAUGACGCUGACCUACGCGUUCUCGCCGGCGGGCGCGGUGGACUACCUGAGUCCGUCGGACGUGAGGGCGGCGUUCGUCGGGGCGUUCUCGCGGUGGUCGGCGGUGAUUCCAGUGAACUUCACGGAGACGGCGGACUACUCGACGGCGGACAUAAGGAUCGGGUGGUUCGACGGGGACCACGGAGACGGGGAGGCGUUCGACGGGGUUCUGGGGGUGCUGGCGCACGCCUUCUCGCCGGAGAACGGGAGGUUCCACCUGGACGCGGCGGAGAGGUGGGCGGUGGACUUCGCGGCGGAGAAGUCGAAGGCGGCGGUGGAUUUGGAAUCGGUGGCGACGCACGAGAUUGGGCACGUGCUGGGCCUGGCGCACUCGUCGGCGAAGGAGGCGAUUAUGUACCCGAGCUUGAGUCCGAGGACGAAGAAAGUGAAGCUCCGGAUGGAUGACGUGGAAGGGAUCCAAGCGUUAUACGGGUCAAACCCGAAUUAUAAAUAUGACGCCCGGUUAGAAUCCGAGUAUUCGUCGGGUCGGGGAAUGGAUUUGGAAAGAAGAAAAGGACUUAUGAAGUGGAGUGCCACAAUGGUUAUCGUGGGUAGCUUAUUUUCCUUUGGAUUAUGAUUUUUAAUUAAUUCCUUUUUUUUUUUUCUUCAUAUACAUAAUUUAUAUCAUUUUUUUUCUCUCUU